AUAGGAAUUAAAUUGUAUAUACAGUAAAAAAUAAGUAACAAAUAUGUCACCGAUAUAUGUCAAAUAUAUCAAGUAUAAAAUAAAGUAGGGAUGCUGAUAAUGUUGGCCACCGAUAAUCAUUGGGUCGAUACUGGAUGUUCUCCCCGUGUGUGCGUGGGUUUUCUCCGGGUACUCCGGUUCCCUCCCACAUUCCAUAGGAAUAUAAAAUAAGAACAUGAACGCUAUCAAUCCAAAUAAUAAUCAGCAAAUUCAUGUAUUCUAAACGACACCCCUUUAACUAAAAAUGUAUUAAAUCUUUCCAAAAAUAACACAAGAACCACAAAAGUAAUCUGAUAUGAAAUAUGUAAUACAUGAAUGAUCUACUCAGAUGGGUGGAGUAGCCAACAAAACAACCGUACUCAUUUAAGAGUAUUGUUACUUUACAACAACUUUACUCAAGAAAAGGAUAUGCGAUGUUACACACAUCAGUAUCGGUUGAUAUCGGAAUCGGAAAUUGAGAGUUGGACAAUAUCGGAGCAGAAAAGCCAAUAUCGGACAUCCCUACAAUAAAGUAUCAAUAAAUCAAAUAUACAUUUAUAAAUUAAAUAUAUAAGAUCUAAAAACAUAAAAUAUAUAAUAAUAAAUAAAACAUCUAUACUCAUCAUUUUUACAUUUAAUUUGAUAUUUUUCCUUACAAAUGAAGUGUUUAGGAUACUUUUAGACUAAGCCCAACGCUAACCUGAGGCCUAGCUUUAACGCUAGCCCGAGUCCCAAUCCUAACCCAAUCACAUCAAAUAAUAAAUAGAAAGUAGAAGUUUGGAAUUCAAACAAUGUGCAAGUCUAGCAUACGGUGCAGCUAGCUCAUGGGUCAACAGCGCUGGUGGUUUGCAUGCGGUGAUCGUGGUGAUCGUGUUGCUGGUGUCACUCUUUGAUGUUUUUGUGGACGUCAACUCAAAGACGCGCAAUAGAAACAUGCACUGAUGUUUCAUUGAUGGAGAAAAUCCAACACUCAUCAUGAGAUCAUCAUCAUCAUCAUCAUCAGCAUGUGUGAGUGCGCCUCCUUCCUAAAGCGUACACGCACACACACACACACACACGCACACACACACACACACACAGAUGUCAGCUGUAAUACUUUGUGUUGUCUACAGAAUGAAGUGUGUGUAACCGAGGCGAGGCUGAUGCUGCUCCCAGGGCAACCGUUUCCUCCUGUUGCCAUAGCAACCCUCAACCAAUUACAGACUCACCGGGCUGCACGGCCGUGUCUCUGGUGCUUCUCAGUCGCAUGCGUUGUUGUUGCGUUUGUGCGAGCGUCUUCAUCCGCCUCCAUCUCCUCUGCUGGGGGGAAAAAAAAAACCCACACUGAUGUAGUGACUGCCUCCACCCCUCCCCCCCGCCAUCCACAUCCACACACACAGCAUUAUCACGUGAUCCGCUCGCUGCAUCACAAUUGGCGUUGGUGACGGUGGCGUGCGUCCAAUCAGGGCGUAAGCCUGCAGAUCAACAUAAGCAAGGCUGCCUGAUGCUCUCAGACUCGCAGAGGGAGGGAACAAGGAGGCACGGGAGGGAAGGGUGGAGGAUGCUAUCAAGGAAGCGCAAUUUUCUUCCUAAGCGGAAAACACACAAAGCGUCAAAUCCCCAGGAUUAAACAGCAGAGUGGAAGUGGAGCGGUGUUUUGCCAGGAGGGACGCCGUGGCUGGCGCUAACGCUAGCUGUCAGCCACCAUCAUCUAGACGGCCAUCUGCCUCCUCCUCCUCUUCCUCCUCCACCUCCUGGUGUGUCCCGCUAGGACUCAGUCUGUGUGGAGCAUCGCGGUACGCUCGCAAGCAUGGAGGUGACAUGUCAUGCAGGUGGUGCGGGAGCAGAUCAUGCGAGCGCUGACACUCAAGCCUAAUUCCCUGGACCAGUUCAAGAGUCGCCUGCAGAACCUGAGCUACACCGAGAUCCUCAAGAUACGCCAGUCGGAGAGAAUGAAUCAGGAGGACUUCCAGUCCCGCCCCAUCCUGGAGCUGAGGGAGAAGAUCCAGCCAGAGAUCAUGGAGUUGAUCAAACAACAGAGGCUCAACAGACUAUGUGAAGGAACCUGCUUCCGCAAGAUCAGCAGUCGCAGGAGGCAAGACAAGUUCUGGUACUGCCGGCUGUCUCCCAACCACAAAGUCCUGCACUAUGGUGACCUGGAGGAGAGCCCCCAGGGGGAGGUGCCCCACGACUCCCUGCAGGACAAACUGCCGGUGGCAGACAUCAAGGCUGUCAUCACAGGCAAAGACUGUCCUCACAUGAAGGAGAAGGGCGCCCUCAAGCAGAACAAGGAGGUGCUGGAGCUGGCCUUCUCCGUCCUCUACGAGUCGGAUGAAUAUUUAAACUUCAUCGCUCCGGACAAGCAUGAGUACUGCGUGUGGACGGACGGUCUGAACGCCCUGCUGGGCAAGGAGAUGACCAGCGACUACACCAAAUCCGACAUGGACACGCUGCUCUCCAUGGAGAUGAAGCUCCGCCUCUUGGACCUGGAGAACAUCCAGAUCCCAGAGGCCCCGCCCCCCAUUCCCAAAGAGCCUAGCAACUAUGACUUUGUUUAUGAUUGUAACUAGGCCCCGCCCCCUCCAAAUCACCCCUGCUGUUCUCACUGGACCCCCCACCCCCACAGCCUGUCCUCGCCCCCCCUUUACAACUGGAGCAGAACUGUCCAAGAUGGUUUGAUGAACUGUGAUGCCACCAAACAAUACAAGAGCUGGUUACCAUGGAGACUACCCACCAGCAAGUGAUUCCUUCUUCCUUGUUCGCUUUCUUAUGAUUUGUCCUCAGGGCUUUCAGUGGAGGGAGGGGAUGGGGGCGGCCAUCUUUGUUCAGUCCUCACUACAGUAUUGUUGCUAUUUCCUGUCACAUGACACACACGCAGAGGUUUUCACAGUAUUUGUGGCAGCUAAAUGUUACCCGUCACACGGCUGGAGUACUUUUAAAAACAAACUUCCACACACACGUGCUUGUUUUCCUGUCCGCUGACGACUGUUACCACUUUUUGGUUGUCCCGCCUUCCUUCCUUCCCUCUCUUUUUAACGACUGCUGUACUCGACAUUCCUGAGCAAUAUUUCCUUUCUAUCAUGUGAUUCCUUUUGGAUCGUCAAGCUGUUACGAUGACGUGUUUUUCUCACGAAAAGGGAAGCUUUUGAAUUUGAAAGUUUUUUUGUUUUAUUUUUAUUUAAAAACAGAUCAUGGUUAUUUCUAGUAUGAUUUUUUUUAUAUAUCUAUAUACAGUAUUUACCCCCGCCCCCGUCCUCCCUUUGCCUUCCUAUUUAAAACAUGUUUUGUCUUUUUUUGUUGUUUUUUUCUUCCUCCGAAGCCCCACAAAAACUGCUGUUUACAUUAAAGGUUGAAAGACUAAA